AUGGUGCCCUGGGAGCUGGCCAACCUUGAGGAAGGAGACUUGGUCGCCUGCUCCGCGAUCUUGGACAUGCCCCUCCCGGACGUCUCUGUUGGUCUACGUCGGAGCCUCAAAGAUUAUGGACCAGCGCUCUACGACCUCGGCGACAUCGCGUCGCUCAUUCCAAAGGUGCCUCACCUGGUGUUCCCUUGCUUUGCUGUUGAGGUCAAAGGCGGCACUGGGUGUAUGGACGCAGAAACUUAUACGUGUAGACACCGUGCCCGACGGUCAAGAUUGGAGGAUACGCAGGCAAUGCUGAACGCCGCGUACCUCGCGGGGAGGCAGGAGUUCGAGAAGAGUUCGGGGCGGGCGGGCUGGACCAACAAGAUCCUGAGCCUCUGGUUUUUCUGGCGCGACGCCAGCAACGGUACGGCCGCCCAGCGGGGCCGACAGCGUCCCCGUUUGACAAUCCUCUGCGACGCCUCGGAGGCGCCCCUGCAGGACGCCUACCCAUUUCACCAUGUGGAAGCCACUCCGAUCGGGGAUGUUGAGUUUGUCGGGCCACGGGGUCUGCGUCUAAUCAGGCAGACCCGGGCCCAGAAGGCCGACUUGCCUACUAUCACCAAGGCUCUGAAGGCUGUGGAGGGGCUGGGGGGGAGGGGGAACUUGAACAAGCAGGCCAACUGCUGUGGGGAGUGCAGCGUUGUUAUGGACUGGACGGGGUUCUCUUUCUUUGGAAGUUUUGUUUCUUUAGACGCGCGGGAGUCGUGUACAUCAUUGGAACCCCCAAGCUUGGAAACUACGAAGUACCCCAACACCCAAGGCGCAAACCUAUAG